AGUCUGCGUGCGGUAGCCGCGUUUUGGUCGAUGCAGGGAAAGGGAAGGGAAGGCAGAUAAAUUGUCAUAGGAGAUGAAUCUUGAAGAGUCUCUGUAAUGUGACGUUUCUGAUGUCGUGGUUCGGUUUUGGGUUCAACGGGUUUGGGCAGAUAGUACCCCGAGCUAGAGGCAGUGUUGGAGUAAAGGUGCUGUUUCCGGAAAGACUCGAGUGUUGCGACUGUGAUGUCGGGCAGACUCGGGUCAGUCGGGCCGAGAAAGAUGAACAAUUACCUAGCGGCACUGAGAUCCGGGCGACGUGGAGCAGACUAGCAGUCUUACACCGGCAGACAGGUGAUGGGCAUGUCUGCAUCUCUGGGUUUGUGGCUAGCCCGCCCAAUCAGAAUGCCUGCACCUAUGUUCCUGCCACCAAGGGCUGCCACGAUGCUCUGAUUGGAGAGCGGUACCUGACUGCCUCCUUCGCUGACAAAAUAGAAUGCUGGGAUAUUGGAGGACUUGGCAGUCCGCCUGUCUGGAGGAUGGAGCUAACCAACACUGAUGCAGCAGCACUGCCCCUGGCUCCUGGAGGGUAUGCCUUUCCGAAGACACCCUUCUAUCGGGCCCUCUCUCCGCAGAUCUGCGCCCAGAGGCUGGCCCUGGGGGCGGAGCACGCUGUCCUGCUGAGUACUGAUGGGACUGUCUACACCUGGGGCUUGGGGAGCCAUGGUCAGCUGGGUCAUGGCAGUGUGGAGAGCCAGUCAGAGCCCCUGGCAGUGGAGGUGCUCAGAGGGCUGCCCAUGGGGGAUGUGGCAGCUGGGGGCUGGCAUUCAGUCUGCAUCAGCGCGGGGGGAGACCUGUACGUCUGGGGCUGGAAUGAGGCUGGCCAGUUGGGACUGCCCUCGCGGAGCCUGAGAGCACAGGCAGAGCACAGCAGCGCUGGAGAAGCAGGAUGUGCCACGAUACCUACAAGACAGGAAGCAGCUGAGACACAGGAAGGGGAGGGCUCAGAGGUGUUCAUUUCAAUCCAGGCUUUUCCUGCCCUGCUGGACUUGCCCGAGGAGUCAGAGAUCAAGAAGAUGAGCUGUGGGUCACGGCAUACCGCAGCUGUCACGUGUGCUGGGGCUCUUUACACGUGGGGCUGGGGUGAUUAUGGGCAGUUGGGACACGGCGCCCCCCGGAGCUCAGACCAGCCACUGCAUGUAGAGUAUUUUACAAAAGAAGGGCUCUGUGUUCUUGAUGUGGUGUGUGGUUCCUGGAACACUUUUGUAUUGGCCUCAGAGCGAGCUCCCUCAUUUGAAUAAGCCCCAGUGUCUUUAUAUUUUAGUCCUCCAGGCUCAUCUCUCUGUUAUGGGAUAGAAUCUAUACUGUUAACCUGACACAGAUUUAAAAGGCUUCAGUAAAACAUCUUGAUGUGUAGCGAUUACACUUUGAAAAGGAGUAUAUGUGUGUGUG